AUGGCGGACGAGGAGAGGCUGCCGCCGGGCUGGGAGAAGCGCAUGAGUCGCAGCUCUGGUCGGGUAUACUACUUCAAUCACAUCACCAAUGCCAGCCAGUGGGAGCGGCCCAGUGGUGGCAGCAGUGUUGGAGGCAGUAGCAAGAAUGGCCAGGGAGAACCAGCCAGGGUGCGCUGCUCGCACUUGCUGGUGAAACACAACCAGUCUCGGAGGCCCUCAUCCUGGCGGCAGGAAAAGAUCACCAGGAGCAAGGAGGAGGCCCUGGAACUGAUUAAUGGCUACAUCCAGAAGAUUAAGUCAGGAGAAGAAGAUUUUGAAUUUCUGGCCUCACAGUUCAGCGACAGCAGCUCUGCCAACGCCAAGGGAGACCUUGGUGCCUUCAGCAGAGGUCAGAUGCAGAAACCGUUUGAGGAUGCAGCAUUUGCUCUAUGGACAGGGGAGAUGAGAGGGCCAGUGUUCACAGAUUCGGGCAUCCAUAUCAUCCUGCGCACAGAAUGAGGGCAGGCGCCUGGCCAGCCAGCCCAUGGACGCCCUUCCUGCUACUGUCACACAGUAUUUAUUGUUCCUGAAAUGGCUGGGAGAGGGGCUCUAGAUAGUAACUCUGAGCUUCC